UCGUGUUGGCUGUUUAGUUAGAGCAGAGCUGUGUAAUCUCCGCCGAACACCAAUAAGCAACCACCACAAUCGGAGCCCAUGGGCCCAUUCUUCUCUUGUCACCAUUUACUUCCAUUUCAAUAUUUACGACCGCAAAACACCUUUUUCUGCAACUGUCCUGCGAGGAGAGAGAAGGCAUGCGCCGACGCCCAAGCUUCGGUGUCUUCGCCUCCCCUUUCCUUACUCUCUGUCUAAAACGCACAUAGCUUCGGUGUCUCCGCCUCCCAUUCUCAGAUUCUCUCUUUCAACACUUCUUUCUCACUCUCAAAUCUUGAAAUUCUAUCACCGAAAGAUUCUUUUCCUUGAUUCCUAUCAAUCCCUAGUUGAUUUGAAUUGUCUCUAGAUUGCGAGAAUUAGGAAGCAGAAACUUGUGUUUCAUGAUCCAUGGAAAUGUCCGUGAUUUCGAAUUUUACGGCGCGCCGGCACGGAGAAGUGUCGGCUGCGAUUGCCGGGAAUAGCUCAAGGUUUUGGCACCCUGAUCGGCUUAAUCGGAGGUUGACCAAGACAACGGCGAGACGAUUUGAGGAUAGCAAAAUCCGCAGCUCUCGGUUAGCUCUUGGUCAUUCGAGGAGGGAAGCUAAAGCUCCAAGUAUCUUCAUGACGUUAGUAAAUGAAAGGCUUGCACGAGGGAAGGAUGUGAUCAAGCCUUCCGAUAUCUUGGCUUAUGAUCUUGUUCAAGGAGCACUUGUAAGAUGGAGUUAUAUUAUGGACAAGUCAGUACCUGAACCACCAACCGCUGUUCUUUUACAUGGCAUCCUAGGGAGCAGGAAGAACUGGGGAACCUUUGCUCGAAGAUUGGCAAAAGAAUUUCCAACAUGGCAGUUUCUCUUGGUAGACCUACGGUGCCACGGUGAUUCAGCAUCACUAAAAAAGAGGGGACCUCAUACUGUUGCCACAACUGCUUUUGAUGUGUUAAAACUAUUUGGGCAGCUUAAACUAACACCUCGAGUUAUAAUCGGUCAUAGCUUUGGAGGAAAAGUUGCCUUGAGCAUGGUGGAACAGGCUUCAAAGCCACUAGCACGACCUGUCAGAUAUUUCUUUCUGAAGGUCUGGGUUCUAGAUUCUACUCCUGGAAAAGUUCGAGCUGGUGGAGAUGGAGAUGAUCAUCCUGCAGAACUGAUCUCUUCUUUAAAUUCGUUACCGAAGGAGGUCUCCUCUAAGCGGGAUGUCGUGAAUGCUCUUGUUCAACAAGGGUUCUCGAAUGACGUGGCAGAGUGGGUGGUAACUAACCUUCGACAGACCAGCCCUGGUGCAUCAUCACCAAGCUUUUCAUGGGCAUUUGACCUCAAGGGAAUUGCUGAAAUGUAUCAAUCCUAUGAAGAAACAAAUCUAUGGAAAAUUGUGGAUGAUGUGCCUCGAGGAGUUCAUGUGAACUUUUUGAAAGCAGAAAGGAGCUUGCACAGGUGGGCCCUCGAAGAUCUCCAGAGGAUUCAUGCUGCCGAGGAGCUAGCUUCUGAAGAGGGAGGUGGAGUUGAUAUGCAUGUCCUUGAAGAUGCUGGCCAUUGGGUACAUGCUGAUAACCCAGAUGGCCUCUUCAAGAUUCUUUCCUUCUCCUUCCAAGGAUUCUAGAAGUGGAAACUUUUUUCAUGGUCGUUCAGCUUAGAGAGUUAUCAGAAGGUGGUUCUUCAUAUCAGUUUUGGCUCUUCUCUCGAAAUUAUCAGAAGGUUCUUCACAUUUGUUUGUAUCACUAUGUGUGAGUAUCAUUUCCACCCAUUUUCUCAUUUGUUCCCCACAAUUACUUUUGUUGCUCGGUUUGGGAAGCAAUUUAAAGGUACGGGGAUUCAGACAUAUUGGAUAGUUAAUCUCCUAGCCGGUAUUUUCUACCGUGGUGAGUUACAAGUUUGGAAAUGUUGGACAGAUUAGAUAUUCAAUGUAAGUGCUGGAUGGACAUUGCUGGUGUAGGGAACAUACAGAUCACGAAACAGGAGCUACUGUAACAAAUCGUGGAAAUAUUUUACUGUUCUCUUGUUUUGUAGUUCAA